AUGGUUACACAGGGGGAGGGGUGUUUUGCCGGUAUAGAUGCCCGGGGUGCAGCAACCCGCUUACUGGAUUUUGAAGCGUGGCGGCGGUGGCGCGGCCGGGGCCCGGUGCACGGCACCGGGGGCGCGGGGGAAGCCGGAGGAAGGGACCGGGCGGGCAGCGCCGGCGGAAGGGGCGGGCCCGGGAGGCGCCGGCGGCGCAGCGGCUGCAUGGGCGGCGUGUGGGGCCGCGCGGCGCGGCUCGGCCUCCCCGCGGCCCGGGCGGCGGCGGCGGCUCCGGUCAGCGAUCGGCGGCGGCUGGGCUGGCUGUCCGGCGUCGGGGCGGGCCCGCUGCUGCUGCUGGCGGCGGCGCUGCCCCGCGGCCCCGUCCGCCCGCCGGUCGCCCUCGGUGCAGCGCCUCACUUCCUGCGCGCCGGGGCGGGGCGCGCGUCCUGGGGCCGCCGUUGCGAGACGGGUAGCAGCGCCGCUGUCCACCUCGCCGGGGAGCAGCCGGCCGCCAUGCCCGCCGCUGGCCCUGCCGCCAGCCCCGCCGAGCCGCAGGCGCCGGCGGGCGACGAGUCCGUCCGCCGCGGCCGCCGGAGGAAGGCCAAGGAGGAGACCCAGGAGAAGAAGCUGAAGCGGCGGGAGAAGCUGAAGCGGCGCGGUAAGGCCGAGGGCGAGCAGGCCCAGCCCGAGGAGAGCGGGCUGGGCGACGGUGACCUUGAGCCCCCCCUGCCCAAGAAGACAAAAAAAGGCAAGGAGAAGAGCAACGGCCCGGCUGGAGAGAGCGACAGCCCCGAGCAUACGGUGAAGCCUUCUGCUGUAAGCAACGAUGUGACAUCCCCAGCAGCCCAGAGCGCAUCUGGCGAUGCAGCCGCUGGAGAGCAGGACAGCGACACGGAGGAGCUGACAGAAGAAGCAAAAGAAGGCGCCUUCUCCAAUUUUCCUCUCUCCCAAAACACCAUCAACCUCCUCAAAGCUCGAGGUGUAAAAUACCUGUUCCCUGUGCAAGUGAAGACUUUUCAGCCCAUAUAUGACGGCAAAGACCUAAUUGCUCAAGCUCGAACAGGAACCGGGAAAACCUUUUCCUUUGCUGUUCCGCUGAUUGAAAAGCUUCAGAGUGUCUCGCAAGAUGGGAGAAGAGGCCGUUCACCAAAAGUGCUGGUUCUUGUUCCAACCAGGGAGCUGGCCACUCAGGUAGCCAAAGACUUCAAGAAUCUCACCAGGAAACUGUCAGUGGCUUGUUUUUAUGGAGGAACUCCGUAUAAAGAACAGCUUGAUCUCCUUAAAAGUGGCAUUGAUAUUCUAGUGGGAACUCCUGGACGGAUCAAAGACCACAUUCAGAAUAGCAAGCUGGAACUUUCCAGCGUGAAGCACGUUGUUUUGGAUGAAGUUGAUCACAUGUUAGACAUGGGCUUUGCUGAACAAGUGGAAGAGAUCUUAGGAUUUGCUUAUAAAAAAGAUUCUGAGAACAACCCCCAGACACUGCUGUUUUCUGCAACUUGUCCACGAUGGGUAUAUGACGUAGCAAAAAAAUACAUGAAAGAUGAGUAUGAACAGAUUGACCUGAUUGGAAAGAAAACUCAAAGGACUGCCACGACUGUGGAACAUUUGGCUAUACAAUGUCGCUCGUCUCAGAGAGCAGGAGUUCUUGGGGAUAUCAUUCAGGUCUACAGUGGCAGCCAUGGGCGGACUAUUGUCUUUUGUGAGACCAAAAAGGAAGCAAAUGAACUGGCUAUGAAUGCUUCGCUCAAACAGGAUGCCCAGUCAUUGCAUGGUGACAUUCCACAGAAACAGAGAGAAGUUACCUUAAAAGGCUUUAGAAAUGGCGUGUUUGAAGUUCUGAUUGCAACGAAUGUAGCUGCCCGUGGUUUGGAUAUUCCUGAGGUUGACCUCGUUAUACAGUGUUCACCACCGAAAGAUGUUGAUUCCUACAUCCAUCGUUCUGGGCGUACGGGCCGAGCUGGCCGGACCGGGAUCUGCAUUUGUUUAUUUCAGAGAAGAGAAGAAGAUCUUCUGAAACAAGUUGAGCACAAAGCGGGGAUUACAUUUAAGCGUAUAGGGGUUCCCUCUGCUACAGAUGUAAUAAAAGCUUCAAGUAAUGAUGCCAAAAAGUUGUUGGAGGCCAUUCCUCCUUCUGCAGUAGACUACUUCAGAAAAUCUGCCCAAGAGCUCAUAGAUGAAAAAGGGGCGGUUGCUGCCCUGGCUGCAGCAUUAGCCCAUAUUUCUGGGGCAUCUUACAUACAGCAGCGCUCCUUACUCAACUCGACUGCGGGCUUUGUGACCAUGGUGUUAAAGUGUUCAAUAGAAAUGCGUACCAUGAGCUAUGCCUGGCGAGGACUAAAAGAACAGCUCGGUGAGGAAGUAGAUGCCAAAGUAUCUGCAAUGCGUUUCCUCAAGGGGAAAACGGGGGUGUGCUUUGAUAUCCCUGUUGACGAACUGAGUAACAUACAGGAACAGUGGAGGGACACCAGGCGCUGGCAGCUGUCGGUGGCAAAGGAGUUGCCUGAGCUGGAAGAGUACCCCCAGGAGGCGGGAAGAGGGUUCUCCAGGUUCGGAAAUGGGAAGCAAGGUGACGGCGGCUUCAAGAGAAACAACUGGUUUAAGAAUGGAAACCGCGGACACGAUUUUAACAGGUCGCAUGAUUAACCGCUGGUACAGAUAUGGGACUGAGCUGAUUUUUAGCAAAAAGUAAAAGCCUGUUAGACAUC